UCGCCUAUAAAAGUUGCACGUUUCUCCCCAUCUCUCGCAUUCUGCAAGACUCAUCAUCCCCGUGUCUCCCCCAGUCUGUCUCUGUGUCUCUCCAAUCUCCCCACCACCUCCCCAUCACCACGGUCGCCACUCUCCUCUCUAAAGCGUUAAAUAGUUGUCUGCCCUGUGUGCACCUGUGUGUGUGUGCACCUGUGUGUGUGUGCACGCCCAUGUGUAUGAGUCUCCACUAACGGUCACACAGUCGUGUGUGCACACGUACCUGUACACAGACACACACACUCAUACAGAUACACUCACUCACCUGUGUCCACUCAUACAUACUCACCCACCUAUAAAGUCAUACAUACUCACAUACGUACAUUCAAAAACACCGACAUAAAUUCACACACACACCGACCUACACACACACACCUCGCGUGCCGUGCCGGCCUUCACAGGUGCUCGCUAACAGCACUUGCCCCAACAGUUUGUUUAGGCUACACGGCGGGGGGGCACCUUUGUUUGUGUCUACACACACACACACACGUGUUACCCAUGAUUCCCCGCGCCGCGCACGUGCGUCCUCGCCUCGCGCUCCUCGCGCCGCUGCUCUUCGCGCUCCUCGCGUCGCGGUGGGGGGCCACGGGGGCCACGGGGGGCCCCGGGGCUGGGGGGGGGCCCGCCGCUCUCCUCAUGGGGGCGGCCCCCGCCGCCUUCGCCGCGGGAGGGGGCUCCCGCGGCGGCGUGAAGCUUUGCGGACGCGAGUUCAUUCGCGCGGUCAUCUUCGCCUGCGGGGGGUCCCGGUGGAAGCGAGGCGGUGGUGGGGGGCUCGGGGGUGCCGGGGAGGCGGCGGUAGUAGAUCUCGUCUCUGACCGCGACCCGCUGUUCUCUGAGCCGCACUCUUGGCUGGGGUCACAGUCGCUGGACCCCUGGGAGGGCGGGGCGGCGGCGGAGGGGGCCGAGUCCCCGGCAGGGUCCGUGGGGUUCCUAGGGGGGCUGCUACGAAGUCUGGAUCUGGCUCAGGGCGCCCUCGGCGGGGUUGGUGGGGGCAGGCGGAAGAGGGACCUGGCGGGUGGCCUCUCCAGCGUCUGCUGCAAGUGGGGGUGCACGCGGGGCGAGAUCAACGCCCUCUGCUGACCCCGUGACCCGACGACCCCGUCAACCCAAUCACCCGGCGACCCGACGAUGCGAAGACGCGGCCACCUCAAGAUGGAAGGACCCACAAACCUUCAGGCCCGAGUGACCUGACGACCUUUGGACCCGAUGACACGAGAGACUCGGUGUGACCAAAGGGCACAACCCGGGAACACCACGACCCCGACGACGCUGCGAUACGAAGAUGGGAGCCACCUCAACAUUCAAGGACCCACAAACCUUUAGGAUGGACGACCCACGAGCUAAAGACCUUCUUGACCUAAUGACACGAGAUCCGGUGACCGAAUGACCGAAUGACCCAGAGGCACCACGAACCGGCGACCUGGCCACGAAAAGACUUCGGCCGCCUCGGCAUUCAAGGACUCUCAACCCUUGACGUUGAAUGACCUGGUGACCUGAUGCCCUGACAAAUAAUUGACCUCUUGACCUGGAGGAGCCAUGACCUGAUUCGACGAGCUGAAUAUUCGAGCACUCGUUAAUGUUUAAAAUAGGCAUGUAACGAUCCAAUUGAUAUUCAUUGUCCGGUUCGAGAAUAUAUUAUUAUUAUUAUUGUUGUUGUACCGUCUUCUUCGUCUCGUAUUGUCUUUUAUUUGUUCUGUAUCGUUUGUACAGUCUUGAUUGCUCCAUUAUCCUAAUUGUAACAUUGGCAUAUAAUUUGUAUAUAUUGUGCAUAGAUGGUAAAUAACCGAUUCUAUUACGUGCAAUGUGACACGUGUAUCAUCGUGAGCGUAAUAAUAGUGUGUAAUCAAUGCGUUACAUUCCUAAUUUAAAUAAAUGACCCAGUGACCCAAUAGCUUGAUUACCUAAUAAUCAACCAAGGUAAUCAAGACCUAUUGACCGAAUUACCUGGUGACUCCCUCAACCCAAUGACGUAGAUACGUGAAGACUCUCAUCACCUAAAGAUUCAAGAACGAGACUUGACUCGCAAUGAUCUGGUGACAUGAUGACCCGUGACUUAAAAAAUUGUGUCAACCACAGUUUUAAGGCAGCCUACGUUAUGAUUCCGUUGGAGAGAGAGAGAGAAAGUGUCGCCGUGUCUCCGUGUUCCUGUGUCCCGAUGUCCCGAUGUCUGCGCGCCUACGUUUAUUUAAGAAAAAGACUUCGAUUGAAACCCGUGUCACGUGGUUUUUUUGGGUUAGAUAAACCACAACCUUGACAACCACCACGACCACCACAAUAUUCUCAAUAAAAACCACAAUGAUAUAUGCAGUAUAUAUUUAUUGCUACGCUUGUGUACCCACGAAA